CAUCCCACCGGGGUGAUGGGAGCCCUGCAGAGACGCCGGGAGAGGAGCCCAGAGGCUCAGCAGUCGCCUGGGCAGUGGAGGCACGACCCGCGAGAAGGAGCGAGACGACUGUGCAGCGGCGACAACAGAACCACCACCACCUCCACCACCACCUACACGAUGUCUGUGGCGUCGAUCUCCGCGCUCGCCCUAAUCCUGCUCGCCACGCAGCCCGCGCCCCCCGUCUCUGCGCAGGUGAGGCCGCCCGUGAACCUGCGCUUCAAGGUGCUGUCGGGCAGCAGCGUGCGGGUGCUGUGGCGCUCGCCGCGCGGCUCUCUCCUGGGCUACAGGCUCCACGUGCUGCCCACCAACGGCGAGGCCGUGCGAGAGAUCUCGCUCCCACGUGACGCCACGUACGCCGUCAUCGAGGACCUGGUGCCCAGGACCAAGUACGUCGUGACCAUGGUGGCGUACGACGCGUCGGGGGAGAGCCCGCCCGUCACAGGAGAGAUCACACUGGAGAUGAUGCGCCCGGGGGGAGCCCGAGGAGGCACCGAAACAGGCGCCUCGCCAGAAGAGAUGUCCGUCUCACAAGGUUGCGCCCCGUCCACGGAGGCCGAGUUCGUGCUGCUGCUGGAGGCGACGCGGGGCCUGGACGAGGCCGACUCGCGCCUGGUGCUGUCCUUCGCGUCGGCCCUCGCGGGGGCCUUCCCGCUGGGCGCCGCGACGCGCGUGGCCCUGGUGCUGUACGGCGCAGCGGCGCGCACCCGCGUCGCGCUGGGCGCCGAGACGCGGCACGCGCGGCUCGCCAACCUCAUCCUCGGUCAGCCCCUGCAGCAGGAGGGACCCCCCAAUGCCGGUGAGGCACUGCGGCACAGCCUGGACACGCUGCUGGGCCCCACGUCUCCCGCGCGCCCCACCGCGGCGCGCCUCCUCGUGCUGCUCGCACGCAGCGCGUCGCACGACGACGACGUCGCCGGCGCAGCCGCGGCGCUGCACGAGGCGGGCGUGGACGCGUUCGCCGUGGGGCUGCCGGGAGCCGUCGCCAGCCAACUGCGCCUGGUGGCGUCGCAGCCGGAGCACCUGCUGAUCGUGGCUGGCACCGCGGAGCUGCCCCAUGCCCUGCCCCGCCUGGUGGCCCUGCUGUGCGCGAGCGCCGAGGCCCAGAUGGCUCUGCUGCGCCAGGGAGACGUGGAGCCACCGAUUCAGGUGCACGUGUCGGAGGUGACGUCGCGCUCGCUGCGCAUUAGAUGGGCGCUCCCCGCGGGCCCCGUCUCGGGCUUCCGCGCGGUGUGCGUCGCCGCGGGGGGCCCCGGGAGCAACGGCGUCCCCGCGGGCGGCCUCCCGCCCGUCGCCGGCGGCGGCAUUCAAGAGCAGACGCUGGGCGCGCGCGACACGACGGCCGUGUUCCGUGGGCUACGCUCGGACACGGAGUACCGUGUCAGCGUCUACUCCCUGCAGGGCCGUGCGCUCAGCGCGCCCGAGACGCGCACCACACGCACCAAGAGCACCAAGGUCACCGUGGAGUGCACGUCGUACGUGGAAGUGCGGGCCGACGUCGUCUUCCUGGUCGAUGGUUCCUACAGCAUCGGCUUGGACAACUUCGCCAAAGUUCGCUCGUUUCUCGACGUGCUCGCCAAGACGUUCGACGUGAGCCCAACUAAGGUGCGGCUCGGCCUGGUGCAGUAUUCCCGCGAGCCUGUGCUGGAGUUUGCGCUGGACAAACACACGACAAGGGAGGCCAUCCUGGAGGCCCUCAAGAACUUCCCUUAUCGCGGCGGCUCCACCAACACCGGGCGCGCCAUGACCUACGUGCGGCAGCGAGUGUUCGUACAGGCCGCCGGCGCCCGGCCUGAUGUCCCGCAGGUGAUGAUUCUCAUCACGGACGGGAAGUCGUCGGACGAGUUUCGGGAGCCAGCCAAGCAGCUCCGUGACUCCAACGUGGAAAUCUUCGCCGUCGGAGUCAAAGACGCCGUGCAGGCCGAGCUGGAGGCCAUCGCCACGCCGCCCGGGGACACGCACGUCUUCACGGUGGAGGACUUUGACGCAUUCGAGAGGAUCGCCGCCGAGCUCUCGCAGUCCAUCUGCCUGCGCAUCGAGCAGGAGAUCGAGGAGCGGCGGCGGCGAUCCCUGUUACCUCCGCAAAACCUCUCCACGUCGGACGUGACGCCCCGCGGCUUUGUCGUGUCGUGGCACGCCGCGCGGGAUGACGCGCGUAGCUUCCGCGUGGAGUACUCGGCGCUGACCUCCGACCCUGCCGCGACUCCCGCCGCCCCGGGGUCUGUGACCAUCGCCGGGAACGACAGCAGCGCGCGGCUCGUGGGCCUGGCGCCCGACACCACCUACAGGGUUCGCGUGUUCGCACUGUACGCGGAGGGCGAGAGCCAGCCGCUCACGGGGGAGGAGACGACCCUCGAAGUGCUGGGAGCAGCGCGCGACCUCGCCGUGUCGGACGAGACCCAGAGCAGCCUGCGGGUGAGCUGGGCGCCGGCGCCGGGCCGGGUUCAGCGCUACCGCCUGCGCUACCACGCGGCCGGCAGCUCCACAGGACCAGGCCCCGGGGAGACGGUGGUGCCGGCGGCACAGACAUCGGCGCUGCUGUCGGGCCUCACGGCCGACACGCGCUACGAGCUCUCCGUGGUGGCGAUCUACGCGUCCGGUGACGGGCCCGAGCUGCAGGGCCCUGGCAAGACGCUGGAAGUGACCGGCACGCCUCGCGAGCUGCUCCUCUCGGACGUGAAGACGCGCAGCAUGCUCGCCACGUGGACGGCGGCGCCGGGCCGCGUGCUCCACUACCGCGUGCUGGCCCAGCCGCCGGGCGGCUCGGCGGGGGAGCCGGCGCCCAAAGAGCUGAAGGUGUCCGGCGACACGACGCGCGCCCUCCUCUCCGAGCUGCUGCCCGACACCGCCUACAGCGUCGCGGUCACCCCCGUGUACCGCUCGGGGAGCGGGGAAGCGGCGCGGGCGCAAGAGACCACCAAGGAAGAACUGGGCCCGCCGCACGGCCUGCGCACAAACGCCAGCGAGACCGGCGUGGCGGUGCGAUGGCAGGCGGCGCCGGGGCGCGUCACCUCGUACCGGGUGUCCUACCGCUCGCUGCUGUCGGAGGCGGACGCCGGCGAGAGGCUGCUGGACGGAGGGGCGCGCUCCACGCAGCUCACGGGGCUGCAGCCCGACACCACGUACGAGCUGUCCGUGAGCGGCGUCUACGCCAGCGGGGAGGGACCCUCCGUCACGGGCAAGGACACCACCCUGGUUCCCGACGGCGGCCGCGUGCGGGUGAGCGAGCGCAACACCACGGCGUUCCGCGCGACGUGGGCGCCGGCGCCGGGCCCCCCGCAGAGCUACCGCCUCACGUACCGGCCGGUGGAGCCCCCCGGAGACGGCGGGGGGGACGCCCCCCGGGGCCGCUCCGUCGUGAUGCGGGUGCCUGGGAACGCCACGUCGGUGCCGCUGCGCCGCCUCAAGCCCGGCACGCGCUACAAGCUGGCGGCGACGCCGGUGUACGGUGGCUGGGAGGGCCGCGCCCGGCACGGGGAGGGGGCCACCGUCGACCCCACCAAGCUGAGGCCCCCUCGCAAUCUGACGACGUCGGACGCGACGAGCAGCAGCUUCCGCGUGUCGUGGCGGCCGGCGCCCGGGGAGGUGACGGCGUACCGCGUGGCGUUCCACCCGGCGGGGGAGCGCGUGUCGCUGCGCGAGCUGCUCGUGAGCCCCGAGGACAGCAGCGCCGUGCUGCAGGAGCUCAGGUCUGGCACUCCGUACAAGGUGAGUGUGUUUGCAAUGUACGAGGAUGGGCCAAGCGAACCGCUCCUCGGCUCCGAGGUCACAACUCCCGACCUCCCUCCCGCCAACAUUGAAUUGUACGAAUGCGCCAGCUCGGCCGUGGCCGACAUCGUCAUCCUGGUGGAUGGCUCCUGGAGCAUCGGCCGCCUCAACUUCCGCCUCGUCCGCCAGUUCAUCGAGCAGCUCGUCAAUUCGUUCGACAUCGGGGACAAGAUCCGUGUGGGUCUGGCGCAGUACAGCGGAGACCCCAGAACGGAGUGGAACCUCAACAGCUUCUCUACGAAGGACACCACCCUGGAAGCCGUGCGCAACCUGCCCUACAAGGGGGGCAACACGCUGACAGGGCUGGCGCUCACCUACAUCCGCGAGAACAGCUUCACGCCGGAUGCGGGCGCGCGGGAGGGCGUCAACAAGAUCGGCAUCCUCAUCACGGACGGCAAGUCGCAGGACGAGGUGUUCGGGCCCGCGGACAGCCUGCGCGCCAACGGCGUGGAGCUCUUCGCCAUCGGCGUGAAGAACGCGGACGAGAACGAGCUGAAGCAGAUCGCCACCGACCCCGACGACACGCACGUCUACAACGUGGCGGACUUCAGCGCCAUGGCCACCAUCGUGGGCAGCCUCAGCAAGACGGUGUGCCGCAGCGUCGACUUCCCCGGAGGGGCAGACCCCCCGCCCGGCGCUCCGCUCGACCUGGUCACGUCGGAGGUGACGACACGGAGCUUCCGCGUGACGUGGACACCGUCGCCCGACCCCGUGGAUCAGUACCGCGUGGUUUACUACCCCCUGGGCAGCGGGGGCUCCCCCCUCGAGGAUGAGGUGGAGGGCACGCUGAGCACCGUGGUGCUGCGCAAGCUGCAGCCGUCCACGCGCUACGAGGUGUCCGUGUUUGCCGUCAACUCCGUGGGGGCGAGCGAGCCACUCCGCGGGCACGACACGACACUGCCUCUGGAGGGGCCGCGGAACGCGCGCACGUACGACGUGACGACCAACAGCAUGCGCGUGCGCUGGGACGUGGUGGCCGACGCCACGGGGUACCGCCUGGUGUUCGCCCCCGUCGACGCGGGUAGCGACCCCAACCAGGAGCGCGAGCUCACGGUGGGCGCCACAGCUAAGAACACUCUGCUGGAUCGCCUCACCCCCAAAACCACGUACCGGAUCGCGCUGUACGCACUCUACGGCGAGGAGGAGAGCCAGGCCAUCCCUCUGCAGGACACCACACUUCCCCUGGCGGGCCCGCGGAACGCUCGCACGCACGACGUGACGACGCACAGCAUGCGUGUGCGCUGGGACGCGGCCGGGGACGCCUCGGGGUACCGCCUGGUGUUCUCCCCUGUGGACGCGGGCAGCGACACGAGCCAGGAACGCGAGGUGACGGUGGGCGCGUCCAUCAAGGACACGCUGCUGGACCGCCUGACGCCCAACACGGAGUACCGCAUCGCCCUGUACGCACUGUACGCGGACCAGGGGAGCGAGCCCAUUCCCCUGCAGGACACCACGUUGCCCCUGCGCGGCGUGCGGAAUCUGAACUUUGCCGACGUGACCCACUCGAGCUUCCGCGUGUCGUGGGAGCCGGCGGAGGGCAGCGUGCUCAAGUACCGCGUGCGCUACUCACACGACAACGGUGCCGAGCCCGGCGAGGUGGAGGUGGAGGGCUCGGUGACGAGCAGCGAGCUCACGGGGCUCAACUCCCAGACGCGCUACCGCGUCACCGUCACAGCCGUGUAUGCUGACGGGGAGUCGCCACCCCUAGCCGGCUCCGAGACCACGCUGAAGGUGCCGCCCCCGCGCCUGCUGCGCUUCUCGGAGGUGACAGAGACGACGUUCCGGGUGACCUGGGUGCACGGCGGGAAGGACGUCCAGCUCUACCGCCUGGCGUGGCGCCCCGUGGCAGGCGGCGCCACGGAAGAGGUGAUCCUGAACGGAGACGAGAACUCGAAGGUGCUGCAGAACCUGCAGAGGGGCACGCUGUACGAGGUGUCCGUGACCGCCAUCUACCCGGACGAGUCGGAGAGCAGCCCGCUCACGGGCCGCGAGCAGACACUUGACGUCACAACAACCACGCCAACCACCACCACCACUGCCGCUCCGCGCGGCGCCCCGCGGGGCCUGGUGACGAGCGACGAGACCUCCUCGAGCUUCCUCGUGCGCUGGGAGCACGCCGUGGGGGCCGUGCUGCAGUACCGCAUCGUCUACGAGCCCGUGGGGGGCACGCGGUCCCCCGAGGCGGUGCUGGUGGGUGGACGCCGGAACAACGUGAUCCUGCAGAACCUGCUGCCCGACACCCCGUACCGCGUCACCGUCACCUCCCUCUACCAGGCUGGCGAAGGGGGCAACCUGGACGGCACCGCACGCACGCUUCCUCUGGUGGCACCGCGCAACCUGCGCAUCUCGGAGGAGUGGUACACGCGCUUCCGCGUGUCCUGGGAGCCCGUGCGCGGCCCGCUGCUUGGAUACCGCGUCACCUACUCGCCCGCAGCGGGCGGCCCCGCGCAGGACGUGUUUGUGGGGGACGUGACAAGCACGAUGCUGCAGGGCCUGAGCCCCGGCACCGAGUACGGCGUCAAGGUGCAAGCGCUCUACCCCGGGGGCACCAGCGAGCCCCUGCAGGGGCCCGGACGCACGCUGCCGCUGAUGGUGAGCGAGCUGCGCGCGUUCCGCGUGGAGGUGAACAGCCUGUGCAUGCGCUGGAAGCCGGUGCGCGACGCCGCCUCGUACCGCCUCUCCUGGGAGCCGCUGGCAGGAGGUCCCAAGCGUGAAGCGGUCUUCCCGGGCAGCCAGAUCGAGCACUGCAUCCCGGAGCUGCAGGCCGAUUCCCCCUACCGCGUCAGCAUCACCGCGCUCGUGGGACAGGCCGAGGGGCCUGCCACCAGCGCCACAGAGCGCACCAUGCCCGUCCCAACCACGACUCCGACCACGACGACCACCACGCCGCCGCCCACGAUCCCUCCUGCCCGCGACGUGUGCAAAGGUGCGAAGGCAGACAUCGUGUUCCUGGUGGACGGCUCCUGGAGCAUCGGUGAUGACAACUUCCACAAGGUGAUCCGCUUCCUGUACAGCACAGCGGGCGCACUGGACAAGAUCGGACCUGACGGGGCACAGGUGGCCAUCGCCCAGUUCAGCGACGACGCGUGCACCGAGUUCCUGCUGAGCAUGCACCGUGACAAGGAGAGUCUGCUGCACACCAUCGAGAACAUGCGCUACAAGGGCGGCAACACCAAGACCGGACGUGCGCUGACGCACGUCCGGGACCACCUGUUUGUGGAGACGGGCGGCAUGCGGCGCAACGUGCCCAAGGUGCUCGUGGUGCUCACGGACGGCCGCUCCCAGGACGAGACGCCGCUCAUCGCUCGCGAAAUCCAGCUUAGCGGCGUCAGCAUCUUCGGGAUCGGCAUCGCGGACGCCGACUACACGGAGCUGGUGUCCAUCGCGAGCCAGCCCACAGAGCGGCACCUCUUCUUCGUGGACGACUUCAACGCUUUCCAGAAGAUCGAAGAUGAGCUCAUCGCCUUCAUCUGCGAGACGGCCUCGGCCACCUGCCCACUCGCGUUCCUCAACGGGCACACGGUGUCAGGGUUUAACAUGAUGGAGUCAUUUGGGCUUUUGGACAAAACCUACUCUAUGCUGAGUGGCGUCGCCAUGGUGCCAGGGACCUUUAACAGCUUUGGCUCCUUCAAGAUUCAACCGGAAGCUCAGCUCCGACAGCUAACCAGCGACGUGCACCCGGACGGCCUGCGGCCAGACUUCACCAUCUCCUUCCUGUUCCGGGUGCUCCCUGAGACCGGGCCCGAGCCGUUCGCGCUGUGGCAGGUGCUGAGCACCAGCGGCAGCCAGCAGGUGGCCAUCAUCCUCGACGUGGGUAAGAAGGUGCUGGCCUACGUCUACCAUGACGAGCAGGGCCAGAGGCAGGUGGUGACGUUCGACGGGCCUGAGGUGCAGAGGAUAUUCUACGGGAGCUUCCACAAGGUGCACGUGGUGGUGACGCGCGAGAGCGUCAAGGUGCACCUGGACUGCGCGCUGGUAGCGGAGCGCAGCUCGUCGCCGCCGGGGAACGUGACCACCGAGGGCCACGCGGAGAUCGGCCGCCUCCUGCAGUCGCGGGGGCCGCGCGCCCGUACCGCCGCGUUCCAGCUACAGAUGUUCGAGAUCGUGUGCAGCAUGGGCUGGACGAGUCGUGACAAGUGCUGCGAGCUCCCGGCCACGAGAGACGAAGCCAAAUGCCCUGCGCUGCCACAUGCCUGCAAGUGCUCCCUGGACAGCGUGGGGCCACCCGGACCCCCAGGGCCAGCGGGAGGUCCUGGUAUCCGUGGAGCAAGAGGAACACAAGGGGACCUUGGUUCCAAAGGAGCAGAUGGAUUUCGAGGGGAGCUGGGGCCUAUCGGUCAGCAGGGUGCCCCAGGGCCUCAAGGCCCACCCGGCAUGUCGAUACAAGGCGACCCGGGCCGGCAAGGAGAGAAGGGAGAGAAGGGAGAGCCAGGCCCACCAGGUCCUCAGGGACCCCAAGGGCUACAAGGUCCGACGGGCAGGGAUGGGCCUGCAGGACAGAGGGGUCUGCCUGGAAAAACCGGGGAACAAGGACCCAGAGGACCUCCAGGGCCCAUGGGGCAGCCCGGGUCACCGGGGCCACAGGGUGACGUUGGGGCCCCAGGCACGCGUGGCAACCGGGGGCUGCAGGGUUUGCUGGGCUCGAGAGGUGAGAAAGGAGACAAGGGGGACCCGAUGUCCCAGAACAUGAUUCGGUCCGUGGCCAGACAGGUGUGCGAACAGCUGAUCAGCUCCCAAAUGCACCGUUACACAAACCUGAUCCAACAAGCCCCCAACAACAACUAUCCUGCUCGUGAGGUGAGGGGGCCCCCGGGACCCCCCGGCAAUUCAGGCUCCCAAGGGCCCCCAGGAGAACCCGGCAGCCAGGGCCGCCCAGGCUUCCCGGGGGAGCCCGGCAUGGGAGGCUCCCCUGGAGAGAGGGGUUUGCCUGGAGACAAAGGAGAGAGGGGAUCCCCUGGGAUCAGCCAGCAGGGCCCUCCUGGCCCUCCCGGGCUUCCAGGCCCCCCCGGGGACUCGCGCACGGGCAGCCCCGGCUCCCGAGGCCUUCACGGGGCAACGGGCCCCGCUGGGUCUCCCGGCAGCCCGGGCCCUGCGGGUGCCCCAGGGCCGCAGGGAUACUGCGACUCGUCCCAGUGCAACCUGGUCUACAACAUUGACGGUUACUCUGGCCCCGAGCAGUAGCUGCGCCGCUUGCGACCUCUGGACGCUGCUCCUGCCACUGCUCGCAACGUAGCGCCGCUGGGAAUCGCAAAACUCAAGCCUCUGCUGGGUCGACGCGCUUUGCUUCGCACUCCUGCCACUCAACUUCUUCUCCUCCUCCCUUCUGCCACUGCAGUUUUUUUGGUGUUUCUUUUACAUUUUUGUGGUCAUACGGUUUUUUUUUUUUUAGCUUUAGUAGAUUGCCUUAUUGAACAUUGCUGUUGACGGUUCGUUACGCUCUGUGUCCCGAGAGUUAAAGGUUACAUUGAAGUGCAAGUCUAGAGAAAUGUGUGUAAUCAUAAAGUUGUGCUUUUACUGUCUAGGCACUCGUGCUUGCAGAAAUUACACUUCCACCACCACCACUGAACUUUGUCAUGUACAUGCACCUGCACUGCUGCAAAAAAAUGUGUUUGCCCAGCUAGCAACAUUUGGCUCUGCUUCCUGGUGCUUUCGCUGGCCUGUAUACUGGGUCUUCAACGUGUACAGACAUACAACUGCACACCCGCUGCACAUUUCCCACCGCCUUCUGUUGAGAAGGGUUUUUUUUAUUAUUAUUGUUCAUGCACAUGAUUUUUGCUGGGGGAUUGAUUUUGCCGGUGUCCUUUUUUCGCGCUUGGUUAUGGGAUGCUGAAAGUCUUGUGUGGUUUUUUUUGUGCUCGGAUUCUCCGCAAGCUCAUGCAGGGUGCGCAUGGUGCCCACGUCCCCGUGACCAACCCAGGCCUUCGCUCUUGUCCCCCUUUUUCCUAAACAGGAACGCGUCCCAACCAUUACCACUGGCUCUCCCACGAAGUAAAAGUUUCAUUGAUAGGGGACAUGGCAAGCAUUGUUUUAUUGUCUUGAAGUGAUUCCCUAAAAUGGGUUUACAGAAUUUUAAUUUCAUACUGGGAACAUUUGAAACUGGAGGGUGCAGUUUUAGUUUGCAGCCCCAUAUUUUAGGGCAUGAAAUUCCGUGCCGAGUUAUCCUUACACCUCGCAUGCCCUGUGCGUGGGUCCCAUGUGUGUAUUUUCUUGAUGGCAAAUGUAAGAAUCAAAUUAAUAUAUUGCCAAGUAUCGUGCACCUCACCCUUUGUAUUGCAUUAAAGACCCGUAUUUGACAACACCCAGGGUUGACAGUUGCACAUUUGUACUGCCCUUAAGACAUCGAUGUCAGAAAAUGUUUCUGUACAAAAGUAGGCAAUUACUCUCGUGUUGCAAGCGACGGAUGACACAAGCCGUCCACUCCAGUGUCCCAAACUGUGUCACAGUUGAGCUUUCUGAUGUGUCUUUGGGUUGUACCGCGUUAUUGUUCGGCAUGAUGUCCGACGUUUCGCUCCACGUGCCGGGAGCUCCUUUUAGAACUGAAUUAAAGCUCUCCGUACAUGGAGCAAAACUGAGUUGAGUUUGUGAAGCCUAUGGCGCAUGUAUCGAAAUGUCAGCUAAGCAUGCGGUACAACCCAAAAAUACAUCGGGAGAGCUCUACAGCACAACUGUGAACAUGCACGGAGUUGAAUACUAUCGUUCAUAUUCAGAACUUGCUACCAAAUUUGAUGCGGGAACUCAUUUCUAUAACAGCAUUUGUCUUGCAGCUGUCAGCCAUUCAUUUGAUUUCCAUAAGCAGUAGAGCCCCCAUUACAGGCUCACAUUCAUAACAGUCAUGCGUACACGUUGUGAAAUCAUCUGUGCGGCGAAUACAUGUUCUCUGUUCCUGGGAAUUGCUUGCUGAUAAAAGUGCUCACUUAGCGUGUCCGAGUGAGGCCAGUUGCCUCGGUUGGACAACGCUAAGACUCGGCCAAUGCAGUUUGCCUCUUGUGUAGCAGUGUAAAGAUUUUCUCCAGUUCCCUUCUUGCUAAGUCAACAACAAAUCGCUCGUUUUCACUUCAUGCUGUCGGUAAGUUCCUCUGGGCACAACAGGGUCACAGAGAGGACAAGAUACUCCAGACUUAGGUCAAAUGUACACGUGUAUAGCUCGCUCGCUCCAAUGCCGCUCCACAGCCAAGUUGCUUGGGACUUGACAGGGACACGGGACUGAAGGUGCAUUAUCGUGUACCGAAUUCUACGGGGACAAAAAUUGCCGAGCGAUAGAGACGUGGAUUGGCGUGGCCUGGAGUCACCCCGUCCGGCUCGCCCUGUCAAGGCCAACGAGAUGGCUUGCGUCCUGCAGCAUUGUUACCAUGCCAGGCAGAAGCAAGAGACGAGCGGGGGUUGGUCGAAGUCGUUUUAUUAUGAAAGCGGGAGGCGUGAAAAGGGGGUAUCUGUUGGCCGAAGGGAGGCCACCUCUUGCUCGCGUGAGCAGCUUCGGCGAAAUGCAGCUGCACCAACAUGCCCCUUGUGAAUGGAGCCGAGAACUCGGGGGACACCCUUGCCUCGGGCUCCUGUGGGCCGUGGCAAAAUUAAUCGGCUUUUAAGAUAUAAAGAAUGUGCUGUAAAGAAUCGUUCCAAUGUCGAGCCUCUUAGCAUAAAUGUUAGCGUUCGGUUACAACUGUAGCGGUAGCAAAUGCAUUUGUAAAAGCUUACAGGGAUGUCGCUUUUUGUGUCGCGGGCUCAAACUGGUAAUCCAGACAUUGGUCCAGUCCUGGACAUUGGUCCAGUCCUGGCCCAACGCAGUGUGUUGACUGAAUUAUACCACACUGGGCCCUUCCUGGCAGAACUCUGUCCACGCUCGCUUCCUAGAGUAGUCGUGUCGGACCGCGUCGCCGUCUGGUUAAGUUUAUUGUGUUGAUAGGGAGUGUCGGCUGGUUUGAAAGCGCCGCGCCUGUAAUUUCCUUUGUUACUUUUACUAAUACAUGUUGGUGGAUUAUCAUAGUGAGGUGCUUUUGUGGGUGCGGGUCUCUUGACGACAAAGUUUUAAACGCAACUCCCCCGGCACAGUCCUCAGUUCUGAGUCGAAUCAUUAACGACGUUUACAUGCGACCACCCUGCAGAGCGUCAUCCUGCGCAGAGGGGUUACUCUCACAUGGAAUAGCCCUAGAGAAGAUGCUGAGCUCCAACACCCUGCAUUGCCUGCACGUGGCUCUGAUGUUAGGUUCAACUUUGAGGUGGCCCACAAAUCCAGUCUCAGGUAACGAAUCCAGGAUGUGUGUUCGUGUUCAGUCAAUCCACAGUUAGGUGAAACCCCACGCCAUUUGGGAUGUGGGGGUUAAUUGAUUAUACUUCUUCACCAUGCUGGUCAAUGUGGGUUGGUGAAGAUGGGGAGCAUUUAAGUACAACACCGCAACAGUUUAAUGUAUUGCACACGGUAUUGCACACGGCUUACAUGGUGCUCAUUCGUCCAAUUACGUUGCAGGCUGAAGCCUGCUUAGCACAAUCCGCCUGAUUUGGUCAUAAUCUCACAUGCUCUUUGAAUUGAACACAAUUUGGGCUGGAUAAGAGGCCACCACGGAUGCAUAACUGCAGGGGUUCUUUCACUCCACUCGUCACCUCAUCACCUUGCUCGUGUUACCUGCAACUGGAAGGAAAGGGCUGGAAUCACCUCAAACUGGAACCACGUGGGCCACAUUUCAGAAUAUCGAAGGCAGAUAUUUAUCAAACACCACGUUGUACAUUGGGCAUUCAAAUGCAAAAAGGACAACGUAUGUUUACCGGCACAACGUCGGUUCACACAGUCUCGUCGCCUGAGCCGACUUCGGUGCGUCAAGAGCCAGUGCGUGAUUGACGCGCGGAGAUGAUAUCAGCUGCUGUGUUGGUUCAUGCUCCGCGCCGGAUGAGGCUGUGUUGGUUGGCUGUGCGCGGGGGGGGGCGAGCUUCGGGCGCCACAGCCGUGCACAGGCGACUCGUGUUGGCGCUUUGCGAGGCUGAAUUUACGGUGACAAAAGGUGCAGAUUUAGGAGGUCUGGUUUUUUUUUGCGUGGUUCGCGUGCAGUCGACAACAUUAUUCAACACGCGGCGACUGCUUUUAAAUCACGUGGACGUGAAAGCGCCAGUGACGUCUCGCACACAUUCGGGGGCUCGCAGUGUCGCGCACCGCGUUAACUGGGUUCCGAAUCACCGUUUACCCAAUAAGUCUUUAAUUAUAUUGACGUUUUGGGAGGUGGGGGGGAGUCGAUAGGACAUACACACACGUUCUUCCUAAAACCCAUCAUCCUUGCAUAAAGAUACAUUUGAAAUGCAAA